AUGACAUUUAGCACCCCGCAAGAUGCUAGGGUUUACUAUAAUAGGUAUGCUCGACACGCUGGAUUUUCCAUCAGAAUUGACACCUCCCGUGAAUCCAAAAAAGACAAUGACAAGAGGAAAGUUAUUUUUGUAUGCCAAAAAGCUGGUGUCAAUAAGAAGCAAAAACUUGAUGAUGAAGGACUGAUAACUGAGAAGAAGAUAGUGCGGCAAAGGCGCAGAGAUUAUGUUGAUAGGACUCACUGUCCUGCACGCAUGAUUGUGAGGAAAACAGCCCCAUCUCAAUGGGAGGUCGUUCACUUUGAGCAGGAGCACAAUCAUGAGUGUGUGAAGACGUUCUCUCUUACAAAGUACAUGAAGUCCCAUAGAGAGAUACCUGCUGAAGAGGAGUUCAUAAAGUUUCUUCAUGGGUGUUGCAUAACCACUACGCGCGCUUACCAGAUAAUGGUUGAGUUGUAUGGUGGUAUUGAAAACUGUCCAUACACGGAAGAUGAUGCAAAAAAUUUGAGAGUGGAGUACCGUGCUGAGUAUCAAGAAAAGGACAUGAAAGCAACCCUUGAUCACUUUGAGGAACUGAAGAAGGAAGAUCCUGAUUUCAUUUACAGUUAUACCCUUGAUGAAUUUGAUAGGGUUGAGAAUCUAUUUUGGGUUGAUGGUGCAGUAAGGAAGUCAUAUGAGCUCUAUGGUAUUGACAGAAAUGGAAUAACUAUACAGCUUGGUUGUGGCUUCAUGAGAAAUGAAAAAAUAGAAGCUUUUGUGUGGUUGUUUACUGAGUUCAAGAAGGCUAUGGGUGGCAGAGAUCCUAUUAAUAUUAUCACUGAUCAAGACUUGGCAAUGGUGGCUGCUAUUGCUCAAGUUUUUACCACUUCGGUCCAUAGGAACUGUAGGUGGCACAUCAUGGAGAAUGCAAGGAAAAGAUUGGGGGCUUUCUUGGAUGGUAAACCAGGAUUGGCUGAUGAUUUCAAUGAUUGUGUUGACAAUAGCUUCUCGAUUGUAGAGUUUGAAUUCAAAUGGCAAGCUAUGCUGGGUAAACAUGAGAUCAAUGAUGAUGAAAGGUUCAAGCAUUUGUAUGAAAUGAGAAAUUGCUGGGUUCCAACUUACUUCAUGAACAACUUCUUCCCCUUUCUGCAAACAACAGCACGGAGUGAGGGAUUCAAUGCUGUCCUGAAGCGAUAUGUGAACCCAAUGAAUUCAAUAUUGAACUUUGUUCACCAGUACAAGAAAAUACAGUAUAGAAUAUUCGGCAAACAAACAAUGCAUGAGGCUAAUACAACUGUCAAGGUUCUGCACUACUUGACUGGCCACCCCGUGGAAAGACAAAUGAAGCAAAUGUACACAAGGAAGUUGUUCAAUGUUUUCCAGGAUGAGCUACAGCUGAGUUCUAGUUACUAUAUUGUUCGAGUUGAAGGUGAUAGCUUACUUGAUGUUGUUCCAUAUGGGUGCUGUCCCCAUCACUUAUAUGCGGGGAGAACAUUCAGGGUUUCAGAAAACAGUGUUGAUGGUUUGUAUAGCUGUGAUUGUUGCAAGUUUCAGAGGGACGGGGUUCUUUUCUGCCAUAUACUAAAGGUGUUUGAUGCACUUGCUGUCCGUGAGGUGCUGAUUUGGGGGUUAAGGAUCCAGCUAUUACCAAAAGGCAAGGGCGCCCGAAAUCGAAGAGAAUAA